UCAGUUGACCCCUGAGGUCCAGCCGCCACAACUCACCAGUGUUGAACAAAUUUGAAGUUGUGUCUUAAGUUUGGUCUAUUGUCGUGGCUGUGGGCAACUAACCUCCUCAAGGUAUCUCCACAAGGAAGACAGUAUAAGCCCCGUUUGUUAAAUAAAGUAAGAUGGAACCAAUGACAUUAGGCAGUCCUGUUGGGUCCCCCACAGCUGCUCCUCACGCCCCACCUGUCACCACCACAGCCAGUUCUUUCUUCCCGUCUUUUCUUAUGGGGGAUGUGGCGUCUCCAGCAGUAUCAAGUACACGUGUAGGAGGCGGCGGAGGUGCCAGCCCAAACAAGACAACUCGUCAGUUUUCCUCAUCAGCAACAGUGUCAACGCCAGGAUCCCCACAGCCAAUGAGAGAUUCCUUUUUCAUCUCCAGAUUGGGGCCAGACAAACCUGGAGGACCACCAACACAGAGUUUAAUGGGUGUUCGAGGUCCACCUUCAUUGCCCCAGUCUCCAGUUCCUGCACGUCUAGGUAGUCCCUAUGUUGAUCAACAUGUUUUAGGUACACCAAUUGGAGGGUUUGGCUCACAGUUAACUCCUGGUGGAUAUGGUACUCCUGGCUCCCCCUUGCUCUCCACCUCCCAGUGUGCCUACGGUAGUGCCGUCUACACACCCUCUAGAGAUCAUUCUAGCUUCUUUGGCCAAGAUUCAUUACAAUUGUCUGUAAGUGAUGUCAUGGAAGACACUUGGGUAACAGUGUUUGGUUUCCCAGCAGCAGCAGCUUCAUAUAUACUGACUCAGUUCACACAGCUGGGCACCAUCACUGAACACCGCAACCCUGGGUCAGGAAACUGGAUGCAUCUGAAGUACCAGACAAAACUUCAGGCCAGAAAAGCAUUGAGCAAGAAUGGGAAGGUUUUCAGUGGAAACAUCAUGGUUGGUGUGUUGCAAUGCAAUGACAAGACAAUCACAGGUGAUAAAGAGAAUAUGUCCACAAACAUGAGCAAUAUCAUGUCUCCUGAUAACUCCAGUCUAGUGAGCACUCCUAAAUCCAACAUGAGACCGCUGAGCCAGGCCUACCAGACGGCUCAUGCUGAACACGAGGUAAUACCCAAAGUUAACACGCCAAAGAAGAAUGACAGUCUUGUCUCCCGAGCAAUGCAGCACAUUUUAGGAAUGUAAAUGUAUAAGUCGAUCUGGUUUGUCUUUUUUAAAGUUCCUUUCAUCCUGUCUCUAGCCACACUCACAGUGCAGUUCACUUAAUGCUUCUUCUUUUAGUUCUUAUGGUAUAUAUAUAAACCUUCUGUAUAUUCUAUUUCUAUCAUAGAUCAUUUUUCUGACUUUUGUCUUUUAUUAAUUCUUUACUUCAUAUUUCCUCUUUGUACAGUAGUAUAUGUAUUGUGAACACCUUCAUUUGUUUUGUAUAAUUCUUUUCUCAUUAAUGUAGUGGUUGACUUGUGUGUACAGUAUAUUAGUAGAGCCAGUUUGCAAAAUUCUUAUUUAGGAAAUUUCAUGUCUUAUUAUGACAUACUUCACUGGAAGUGUUAUAAUUAAGAUCCAUUCAAGAUACUGUACUGUAUUACAGACUUUUUUAUAUAAGAGUGUGUUAAUCUCCUUUGUGUACUCUGUAAAAAGUGAGUUAAGAGGGAAAAUUAUAUUCACUAUAUGUUACUGUAUAACUACACAUACUGUAAUAGUAUCCAUUUAUACUUUGAAACCAAUUGCUGUGUUAACUUACUUCAAUUGGUUCUUGUUAACUAUUUGACAGUAAGUGUUAGGUAUGUUUUGUUUUGUGUGUGAAUGUUGACUGAGAUUGAUUUUUUUAAAAGUUUAUACAUUCAUGUUUGAAUUACCAUGCAGAGAGUACGUGCCUGUGAGAGGAAUUAUUUUAAAGCCAUUAUAAAUAAAUUUUUAAAAUAAUAAAUGAC